CUGAGUCCCCCUCUCUGGCUGAAAAUGGAGCCAGAGGUGCAAGCAGAGCGCAGGUCUGCCUCCGGGAGGUCCUCCAGCUCCAUGGGGAGCACUCCGCGGAAGCUGAGUAUCCACCCCUCCGUCACCUGGGGGGGCAAGGACUCUGAAGGAGACCUCGUGAGUAGGCAGGAACAGCCCCCUGCUCCACAGUGGAAACCCCAGAUUCAUGCCAAGCUUCCUGGGCUUCUAAGCAAGGCCGGCCGCCUGUGCUCCUCACACAAGUACCUGAUGAAGAUGGCCGACUCCUACGACGAGGCUCGCUCCAAGCAGGUGGAGGAUCUGAUCAAUUAUGACCACUUGCGGAAACUGGAGCAUAUGUUCCGUGAAGCGGACAUUGAUGGAGGAGGAGGAUUGGAUAUGGAGGAAUUCCGGAAGGCAAUGAAGAAGAUCAUGGGGGAUAUUUCUGAUGAAGACGUUGAUGUCAUUUUCAUGAAGGUCGACACCAACUGUGAUGGCUCUGUCGACUGGGAAGAAUAUCUGAAUUACAUGCUACGUGAAUACCGAGGGAAGGACGACAUGCUGAAGAGUCAGCUGCUUCCUGAGUUCCAGGCGACUAUGAAGCCUGUCCCAGUGGCUCACUCUGAGGAAAUUGUCAAGAUCCAGUUUUUCCCAAACCAGAGCAGGACAAAUACGGAGAGACCUAGGAAAAGUGCCAGCCGGUCCCCGCCUGGGCGGUUCCUCAGUGUGAGCAGGGAUGGGAUCCUGCACUACUGGAGCGACUCCUUCAAAAUGCUUCGGACAGUUUAUCUCGACCAGACCAAGCGGCGCCACAGUCUGAAGCUCUGGGCGAUGGACAUGCUGUGCCUGCCCAACAUCAACUUGUUGGCCGUUGCCUCGACCGACCAGGAUAUCGAGUUCUUUGAUAUCGGUGGUAACAAAUGUGACCGGCUCUUUACCCUCGUGGACCUCGAUGGGUGUGUCACAGCCAUGGAUUACUGGACAGAUGGAUUGAAAGGGGUGUUCUGUGUUGGGGACGUGAAGGGGAACGUGCUGAUCUUCACCUCGACGGAUGUUAUGACGAACGGACUUUUCAACGUCCGCAGCUACAUAGGUGGCUUAGCCAGAGUGCCUGUGCAAAUCCUGAUGAAAGGAAAGACCCCGCUAUACAGGAAUUUCACCGUGUCUGCUUUGCACGGGGACUGGUGUCAGCAGAUCAUGUAUAUCCCCCAGCUCAAUGUCGUUGCCUCCUGCACACCGGCUGAAAAAAGCGCCAUGGCACUGACGUCUCUUCCGCUGCAUAACAUUGGUAAAACCCAAUCAGCCGUGAUUGUUCUGAGGAAAGGCAUCCUCUGCUUUGACUACUCCCCCGACAUGAACAUUCUUGUGACGGGGGGAUUCGAGCCGCUGAUUCAGGUCUGGAACCCCUAUGUCACCAGUAGCCCCAUCACCCAGAUGAAAGGCCACGCCACUGCGGUCACCCACAUCAUGAUCAAUGGGAAGAGGAGCACCAUCGUCAGCAUCUCCAAGGACAAAAAUAUCCGCAUCUGGGACCUGCUGGAUCACUUCUGCCUGCAGUCGAUCCAUGGCAGGAACGUCCCCUUGGGGAACUGGCCCAUUUCAGCCGUCUGCUACUACCAGCCUAGCAAUAUCUUGGUUUGUGCCACAUACACGAUUGGUAUCUUCUUUGGUACAGAGUCCUCCGACGCAGAGAUCAAGUCGCAUGAGCAGCCACUAUGCUGCACGCUGUAUAACAAGAACUUUAAGCAGGCAGUGAGCGGCUGCUACAAUGGGCUCAUCUGCGUGUGGGAUAUCCUGACUGGGCAGAAGAUAAUGGAGUUUUCCACCUCCCCUGGGCAACCCAUGGAAAUCACAGCCAUGAUCUUUGACCCGCCACAGAGGCGGCUGAUCACCAGUCUGAAAAAUGGGAUCAUCAAGCUAUGGAACUUCAACAACGGUGCCUGUCUGGUUGAGCUGCCGUUCUUGGAAAAGAGUGAGAUCAGCUGUAUUUCGUAUAUGAAUAACAAGAUUUUUGUGUCUGGGUGGAGUAAGAGAGUGACGUGGUAUCUAGACCCCAAAGUAAGGGACAAGGUGAUCGAGUGUAAGCACUGGAAGUCGUACCACUCCGAUGACAUCUUGUGUAUGGAUACUCACAGCAAUAAGCUUUUGGUGACUGCCUCCUGCAACGGAGACAUCGUGCUCUGGAACGUCCAUUCUGGGCAGGCCUUCUGCCGCUUUAAUUCAUCAGAGAGUCCUCUUGUGCUCCUUCCUCAAAGAGAGUUCUCCGUGGGCACAGAGGGUCCCAGCCUGAGAGAGAGUCCAAAGAAGGCCGGCAGUUCUCCGGGCAGAGCUAGGAAAAGGCGCUGGGCCUACUCGGUGCCCCGCUCCAGACCCACCUGUUACACCAGACCUGCCAGUGCCAACAACCCGCCCGUGUCUUCCACUCAGAACAAGGAUCCAGCUUCUGCUCAGCCUGGAGGCCACAUUGCACAGCCCCAGUCAGCCUGGUGCCUUGCUGGAGGCAAGAAGGGUGCUCACCCCGUCACUCCGGAAACCCCCUUUCUGAAAAAGGAUGCACUAACCUGGCAGGAAGAAGUCAGUGCUUCCCAGGUGGCCGUGGAGCAGGUUAUGUUCCUGAACACUCGUGAGCGAGAACCCAACACGGCCAUUUUGCUGAGCAGCUCCUCAGAUGGCUUCAUCUAUGCCUGGGCAGUCGGCAACAAAGGUGGGAUGAUGGGCAAGUUCCGAGGAGCCCAUGGCAUCUCCCGGGAAAUUGUAGUCAGCACCAUGUCCACGGACGAGAAUGACUUGGUCCUCUUUACUGGAGAUUCCCUGGGCUACAUUAAGAUCUGGGACAUCAUGAAUUACUGCAGACCGGUCGAGGCAAAAGACUCUGUGACAGAAAUGACCAUCGACCCUUCUCCUGCAUCGCAGAACUAUUUUUGUGACUUAAUCCCUGCUUACUGCAGAUUUCCUGCAAGAUUCGAGACAUGUGGAGUAACUGAGAAUGUCCUGCAGGACUGGGUCACCAGCUUGGUCCCCCCACCCUGCCUGAACUCUUGGAAGGGGCACUUGAAGAAAGUGGUCAGCAUCAAAUACGUGGAAAAGUUCCGAGUGAUUCUCACUUCCAGCCACGAUUGCACCAUCAAGCUCUGGAUGAUUUCAGGGCAGUACAUAGGGACGUUUGGGCAGAUGCUCUGGAAGCUGGACGUGCAGCCGAUGGUCGCGAUGGAAGUGUCGGAGGAGAUCCGCCGCGUGGCCUCCCUACACACCCUCCAGGUCCUGAAUGGAGGCCGACAGCCCCACUGGGAGAGCACCCGCAGCAUCGUCCAAACGCUGAGCCAGCAGAGGAGGCAGCAGUCCAUGCUGAUGGACUUCCUGCACGUGAAGUCGGGCCUCAGCGCUGAUGCAGCCAGCAGGAUGCAGGACAUGAUCCAUAAAGAGACACGGAUGGCCACUUACACAGAGGACCAAGUUGAGACUUCCUUCCGCAAGUGGGAGGAGUUUGGGAAGCAGAAGAGUGACAUCCUGGGCUUUGCCUACAAGCAGAAGAUGCGGCGCCCGCUGUUGAAGCAGCUCCCUGAGGUGAAGGCCUGUGUGGCCAAUAAGGAGCUGGCCCGGAUCUACCACUGUAUCCAGUACACCGAGCUCCAAGGGCUGCCUACUACUGAGGUCCCCGAAACCGUGAUAGAGCAGCAACAACGAUACCAGGCCCUGGAAGCACAGCGGUUUGUCAAGAGGGGCAAGUGGUCUGCAGUCACUGGCUUCCUCAUGAAGCCCACCCUCAAGACCCUCUUGACGCGCAAGCGCACCAAGGAAUGACUUUGCCAAGGGGGAGCCCCUUGCCACGCCUGCAGCAGCCAAGACCCAUGACCUGCGAGAGGGGCAGAGGACUUCUAAUCAGAAGGGGGACGCUCAAAAACCAUUCAAGUCCCAGUCUUCAUUUUCUAGAUUGUGGAAAGAAAUCUUCAGGCUGUGGGUUCAUUUUCCAGACCUCGGCACUGGUAUUUGAAAAAGAGAAGUGUCUAAUGCUUGAAAAUAAAUAUAGUUGUCAAGAA